UGCAUUACUGGUGUGGUGGUUAGUAUAUAAGAAGUAAGAACUGAUCCUCAAAUUCCCAAAAUAAUAAUAUUAAUAUUUUAAUAUUUGUGCAGGUGGAAAAGAUAGUGGCUUCUUCUUCGCUAUUCAGCCUCAAUCUCAACUUGAAUUUCAGAGAUGAAGAUUGUCGCAAAACAUUUGUAGAUCAUCUGGAUUGGGCUCAGUCAGGAAAAGAGUUGUUUAUCCUCUUGAAAGAUGACGACGAGAAACAACACGAGAGUCGAGAAGGGAUUGCUCCGAAACAUUUGAUGGCAGAUAGAGAGUCUAGAGAUGCUAUUGUCAUUUUCUCAAACAACUAUGCAUCUUACUCGUCCUGCGCGGAUGAACUGGCAGAGAUCAAGGAAGAAGACAAUAAGCUGUCGGGACACACAGACUCGCCGAUUCUGGAUCUCUCACAAUUACGGCGACUGUCGUGGAGUUGUUUCAAAGAUAUAGAAGAAAAUGGGAGUGCAAAUUUCAACGCAAGCACUAUAAAAAUUUCCUCCCCCUCUUGCGCUCUCCCUGAAGCAUACAACCUCAGUUCCAUCUCUAUCGGCUCACUUCAUUUUAAUCAACAGAAGAAUACUGCUUCUUUGCGCCAGAUUUCAAAUGGAUUACUUACCUCUGAGUUUGAUCCAAACAUUAGCAAUUUAGUGUAUGAAAAUGACAUGAAAUCUCUAUGUUUUAUCAAUCCGGACAAGCAACGUGUUCUACCAAAUUGUGGGGAUAUAGAUGUCGAGAUUGAAAAAGUUCUUCGACAAGCUGGAGCCUUGAGAGCCAGAGAUCUCUCCAAUCAUGAUUCUGACCCUGAUGCUGUUUGUCAUUGUAGAGAGGGAUACCCCAAGCCAUCUGACAACCCAAUCAAGGAUAUUGUCAAACCCAGGAAGGAGUUUCUAUGUAGUGUGUUGUUGUUAUUGAUGGCCACAUUGGUUGCAAAAUUAACCUACCAAGCAGCAUUUAGUCUCCCUGGUGGCACUCUCAAAGGGGGCUACACAUAUAAUUAUGCAGCAAAUGGAAGCCUCCAACCGAAAAAACGAGAUUUAAUUGUAACCUCGUCAUUCAUUCUGUUCAACUCCAUUGGAUUUGUUGCAUCAGUGGCUGUGAUCAUAGUACUCUUACAUGAAUUCCCAAUGAAACCAUGGCCUCAAAUCUGCGUGUGCACUCUGUUUGGAUCAUAUGUGUGCUUGAUAAUGGCAACAUCACCGCGUGAAGCCUUGGCGCUACUAUUCCUGGCAAUUCCAUUUCUACUGUUGGCAUCUGCAGCAAAAUUGCAUGGUUUUUGCAAGUCAAAGGUCCUAUUGAAGUUCUCUUAUAUGGUUUAAUAUUAAUUUCUAAAUAAAUAUAUCGUUUAACAAACUCUAUUUUAGGAUAUGUACCAUUUUAUGUGUGUAUUAUUUAUGUCCCUCAAAGUCCCCAAUUUGGGGAAAAGGGUUCUUCUAAUUGUUGGUGUAUGUGCUGAAAUGUUUUUUAGUGUUUGAAGUUGUGUUUUGUAAUAAAAGACAUGAGUUUGUGUGUGA